AUGUGUCCAUCUCAUGAUCUCAACCUUUACCCAUUUUCGCGCGGUUUCCUGCAACACUGGACCAAAGGAUCUACGCCAUCAUCACAACAAUACUUCAACAUAACAAUGACUUUAGAACUUAUAGAGGUGCUUCGUCUGCUCAUGUUAGCGACUAAACAACACAAAAGGCAUGGUCCAGAAAAGAAAGGGGGUCUUCUAGUCCUCAUACAGACUGAAACAAACUCUGAUGACAAUUUCUACUGCGCAGUUGCUGCUGCAGGUCCUUGGUGUGCAGGGGUCAACAUGGCAGAGCUGCACUCAGUCUUUACAGAUGUCAUGCGCAGACUACAUCCCUGUUCUAGGCCAUGUCCAGAGCCUGACAUAGAAGACCUUUGUGCUUUUACUGAUCUGUAUGGCUCCCUCAGAGUAUUCCUGAACUUCUUGAUGAAGAAUGUACAUGUUUGCAAGGAAAAGUGCCAACAUCAAAUUGAAACAUUUCUACACUCAUUUUGCAUGACCAAUGCUGAGAUAAAGGUCCAUCUUAAACUCCAAAGUGGCCAGAAACACUGUCAAAAGGAGUUUAGAGUAAAAGACUACCUCAGAGUUAUGCUGUUCAGCCAAACACCAGUGUACUUGGAUGUCUCAGUCAACAUACAUCUAGAGUCUCCUGAGAGGGAACAGCGUUGCCAUGGUGGGCGCCCUGACAUUGGCAGCAGCUUGCAUCUCAGUAUUCCUCCAAAAAUUGUGGAACAGGGCCUUCUUGGGACUGUUUCCCUCCAGCCUGUCACACUAUUAAAGCCAUGUGUGUUGCAGUACCCAAACAGGGCCACAAACCUCACUCAAUGUCAGGUGUUGGUUUACAAUCCCAGUAACAUUCCAGCAUCAAACGCCUCUGCUUUUGUGCAGAACUUCUCCGCUCAUCUCAACUGUGAGGAUCUGGGUCUUCAAAGUCACCGCUUGAGUUUCCAAGUUAUACCCAGCGUUGGCUCAGUCUACAAAGUGGAACAAGUGAAUUCUCCUGAGAGCUGUGUGAAGUCAAGUCUUUUUUCUAUUGACUUAAGUCUGGUGCUUUUCCUGUUUCUGCAACAUAUUGACCCCUUCAUAACAGAUGUCUCUGACACCAUGGCCACUGAGGUACUGUUAGAGCACCACCUAGGGGAAAUUCUCCUCUAUAACCAGCAGAUAGUGACAAAUGCUAUGACAAAUGCACUUAGGAAAACACUAAUGGCCCAGAAUAAAAGGAAAAAGGAGCAAGAAAAGAUGCAGUCAGCCUGUGACAGUAUCAUCAGUUCAACGCUCCGAAUCAUCAGUUGCAGUAGCAACAUGGACUUUAGGAAAGCUUGUCUGGACUCCAUGCAGGUGCACAACACCAAAAAAAUGUCAGAAACAUUCUCUGAGUCCCUUAGGAGAGUUAUUUUCCUCAAGUUUGUCCCUAAAGGAGCGUGCUGCUCAGAUCAGAUUGGACAGAAAUUGGAAAAGAGCAGCAAACACCUCAGAGUAGAAAUGUAA